CUCAGGCAGCAAUUGGUACAGGGACAGCAAACCAGGCUGCAUCUGCUCAGCCCCAGUCACAAGCUCCCUGCUUCCUCCGUGCGCGCGUGUGUGUGUGUGUGCGCGCACUAGACACAGGCAUCCACUCCCAGCAUCUUGCUGUCUCCUGCAUCCUCCGGCAGCAAGUGCAGGGCUCUGGCUCCCUGGGUACCAGCCUCGCCGCUCCAUCCCCUGGCGGGGAUUUGCAUGCAGGGUGCAGGAUGCAGUGAGCACCCUCGAGUGGAGAGGGGGUCGUGGCCAGAGGCAGCGGCGAUGGACACCGUGUGGACUGCUUUCUAGGGCUCGUGCUCCCCAGACGGACCCUGACCCUGAGCCAUGGGUGUGCUGAUGUCCAGGCGGCAGACGGUGGAGAAGGUGCAGAAGGUCAGCUUGGCCGUGUCAGCCUUUAAGGACGGGCUGCGGGAGCAGCCAUCUACACGGAGGCGAGCAGAGGUGGGGGGCACACGCCGGGGGACGCUGGAGCAGGAGGUGCAGGAGGGAGAGGAGGAAGCAUCAGCAGGACCCUCCCAGCCGGAGGAGAGCAGCGCCAGCAAGGCGGCCUGGGAACGGCUGCGGGACGGCCGGGGCGUGGAGCCGGAGGAGUUUGACCGGGCCAACAGGUUCACGCCACCCGCCUUCAUCCGGCCCAAGCGGGAGCUGCACGAUGAUGAGCCCCCGGACAUCAGCCUGGAGCAGCGGGAGCAGGUCCUCAAUGACGAGAUGUGCGAGAUCUGCGAGGUGUGGACAGCUGAGAGCCUCUUCCCCUGCCGCGUCUGCAGCCGGGUGUACCACGAUGGCUGCCUGCGCCGCAUGGGCUACCUGCAGAACGACAGCGCCGUGGAGGUGACGGAGACGGCGCACACCGAGACAGGCUGGAGCUGCUACUACUGCGACAACCUGAAUCUCCUGCUGACGGAGGAAGAGAUGUACAGCCUGAUGGAGACCCUGCGGCACUGCAAGAUCAUUCCAGAGACCUGCCUGACCCUGGACGACUUCCUGCACUACAAACACCUGGUGCACAAGCAGCAGUUCGAGCGGCCCAUGGCCGAGGCGCAGGAGGAGCAGGCAGCCCUGCAGUUCUCCGCCCUGGACCCUGACAAGAAGGGGCACAUCGAGUGGCACGACUUCCUCUCCCACGAGUCCAUCCAGCUGCUGCAGAAACUACGGCCACAGAACGCCCUGCUGCGGCUGCUGACGGCCAAGGAGCGGGAGCGGGCGCGGGCGGCCUUCCUGGCCCUGGACCAGGACAGCGACGGCUUCAUCGGGGAGGGCGAGUGCCGCCGCGCCCGGCACGCCUGGUUCCGCAAGCACCAGAAGGAGAUGCCGUCCUGCAACGUCAGCAUCAGCCACGUAGGGCCCAUGUCGGAGAGCAGCCCCGCCAGCAGCGGCAGCGGCAAGAGCCAGGAGAAGACCCCGGCGGCCACGGAGCGGGAGGAGGCCAGGCCUGUCAACUGGCCCGGCUUCCUGCGGGAGAACGUCGCCUACAUCCUGGCCGCCCGCCCCAACAGCGCUGCCCUCCACCUGCAGCCCCCCGCCUAACCCCAGCAGCGCCGCCAUCUUGGGCAGCGAGGCCUCUCCCGCCACGGAGACCUGCCCCGCCCUCCCCUGCGGGCGGAGCCGGCCGCCGAUUGGCUGGCGGGCGAGCGGCCGCUCUGCCCUCUCCCCCUGCCUCCGCUUCGGAUUGGCUGCGAAGAGGACGGGCGCCCAGCUCCCACGGGCUGAGGGAGCGGGUGCGGCUCUGGCGUCUCUGAUUGGUGGCGGGGAGGUGGGGCGGGGCAGGGAGUGGCCCCGCUGCCCCCACGCCCCACAGGGGCCCGCUGGGGGGGGGGGGGGCCUGUGCCCAGGGAUGCCGUGGGGCGCAGGGGGCAGGCAGCCUGCAGCCCCCGCCAUCCCGGGCCCCACAGCACCCCCUCGCCCGCCAGCGCCGGGAGCAACCGGGGACCUGACCCCAGAGACCCGCAGACAGAGCAGGGUCUGCACCCCCGCCCCCAACCGGGAGAAGUGGGGCUCGCUCUGGUCCUGGAGCUGGGUCUGGGUAUUUGUGGGGCGAGAGCGGAGGCCAGGGCAGCCGUGCACCCCCAGCCUCCUGCAGCACCGUGGGGCAGCAGGGCUGAGCCUCUGCGUGCUGCCGGCAGCAGCACCCCGGCGGUCUGCGGCAAGCUGACUCCUCGGGGGCAGGCCGUGGCUGACCCCCGCUUGGCCUCUUUCACAUCCCUGCCCAGCUCCAACCGGGGCUGGAGCCCAGGACGUCUGUCCUUGCACCCACAGCUCGUAGCCGUGUCUGGGAGAGUGUUUCUCAGCACGGCUUGACCCUGCCCUGCUGGGGAUCAACCGUUUAAUGCCAACAGCGAUGGUGUGGGAAGGACCAUCGGGAACAGAAAGCACCCGGGGGGUGGGGGGGGCAAGGUCUGAUGCACAGGAGCACUCCCCUGCAUCCCUUGUCCCCUCCUGUCCCCCUGGUCCCACGGGAUGCUCUCCCCCUGCUCAGCAUUCCGGUCCCCACACCAGCCCCAUUCACUCCUGCUCCCUCCCCAGCAUGGUGAGUGGGCAUCCCCACCUCACUGGGGGCAUUAGUGCUCCGGUGAGGAGGAGGAGGAGACAGAGCUCAGAGCCCCCCGGGGUGUCAGCUGCAGGGAUGAGGCAGUCUCUGGGCAGGGUUGAUGCCCAGCGGCCCUAAGACGGAUGGAUGUGCUCAGCCCACAGGUGAAGGAGCAGGGACCCCCAGAAACCUCGCCCCACACACACCAGGAGUCAGGAUGCCCAGGUCCCACAGCAGCCCCAGCAGCUGCCCCUGACCCUCUGACCCUUUCCCCGCGGUGCCCUCAGUCUCUCCCUGCCUGGCGUGCCCUGGCUCAGCCAGGGUGCCCCAGGGUAUGCACAGACCAGGAAUGCAUCUGUGAAAGCCUGGUCGCUCCCUCACCUCCACCCCCUGAUGCGAUGGGGGCACCGUCCCUCUCAGCCCCCCCUUCCCCAGUCAGUGCACAGGUCCCCUUUCCAGGGACUCUUCCCGCUGCAAGACAGGGAGGCAUGCCAGUGCCAUGACAUCUUUCUCUACCGUCCUGGCGUGCCAGGCCAAUGGGGAUAUUUUGGAUGCCAGGUCAAGAUGGGGCCAGAGCCAUGGCCAUGGCGAGGAGGCGGCCGUGGGUGCAUGGGUUGCAGCACCCGCUCUGUACUGAGAAGCAUCCAUUAAACAGCUGUGUCCAACUA